GGCUGCAAAAUUUGACUUGCCAUUCACGAACAUGCGAAGGAAAUCCCGUGCAAUUAAAAAGCUUCCCAUUAUAUAUCACUUUACCUCUUCCCCUCAUAACAAUACGAAGAUCACCCCAUAAUUUAUUAGUACGCAGCAAGAGAUACAGUAAGGAGAGAAAGAAACGCCUAUUAACAAUGGGCGAGAAAGGUCACGUAAAAGUGUUUGGUAUGUGGGCGAGCCCAAUUGCGAUAAGGGUGGAGUGGGCGCUUAAACUCAAGGGAGUGGAGUAUGAGUAUGUGGACGAGGACUUAGGCAACAAGAGCGAGGAUCUUCUGCGGCACAACCCGGUGACGAAGAAGGUGCCGGUGCUCGUCCACGACGGCAAGCCCCUCGCGGAGUCGCUGGUCAUCCUGGAGUACAUCGACGAGGUGUGGAAAGAAGGAUACUACCCCAUCAUGCCCGACGAUCCCUACGAGAGGGCGCGGGUGCGGUUCUGGGCCAAAUAUGCAGACGAUAAGUGCGCACCUGCAGUAUUUCCGGUAUUUUCCACAGCUGGGGAGACGCAGCAAAAAGCCCUGCAUGAAGCCAUAGAGAGCUUGAGGACUCUCGAGCAGGCGCUCGAGGGGAAGAAGUUCUUCGGAGGGGCGACGAUCGGAUACCUCGACAUCGUCGUAGGGUGGUUCGCUUACUGGUUCCCCAUCAUCGGGGAGGUUGCGGGGGUCGACAUUGUCAACGCGCGAAACCUGCCUCUGUUGAAUGCAUGGUUUCAGAGGUUCUUAGACAAUGAUGUGGUGAAGAAAACUUUGCCCCCAAGGGAUAAGGUAUAUGAGCUCAAUAGGGCUCGUCGCGAGAUGUUACUCUCGGCGCAGAGUUCGUAAGUUUCAUAUCAUGUCAUGAUCUUAAACUUCUGGUUUCCCGAAGCUAGCAUAUUACUUAAAUAGAUUAUGAUAAACGGAGGGAACAAUGAAGAUCUUUUAAUAAAUGUAAGGGCAAGGCAUAAUCCACUGCGCUAUGCGUGCAUGUUUUGUGUAUCAAAUUUGUGUGUGCUGAAUAAAAUGCAAUGUUAAAUUAGUUGAGUUUUAA